CAGCAGCAGCAGCAGGAGGAGGAGGAGGAAGACCAAGGAGAUACGGGCCAGGAGGGGCAGCACGAGAGGGGGCUCAGUGCUGGCGGCGGCAGCAGCGGCUGCGCACCUCCUCCCUCCACCUCCACCUCCACCUCCGCCUCCCCCACCACCAGCACCCCCAGCCCCGUCCCCAGCAUCACCUGGUCCGCCUGCUUCACCUUCCAGGUGCCUCCGCCAGGGGGGCGACUGAGGGCCCGGGUGGAGUUAUGGGCGGCAGCAGCAGCGGGGCGGCGUGGGAGGGGGGCGGAGGGGGAGGUGAAGGGGGAGGCGGCGGUGACAGCGGCAGGGGUGGGUGGCAGUGCGGGUGGCCGCAGUGGGGCCCCUCCGUACGCACCUGGGAACCCCAGUGUCGUACCCCCGACCCGCGCGGGGAGGUGUGUUGAGGGUGGCGACCCAGACUCCCACGUUGACGCCGCCGGUUACGGGGGUGGUGAGGGGUCCUCUGCCUUGGCUAGCGAUGCCGAGGAUGAGGAGGUGGAGACCGAGGGGAGGGUCGGCCGCUGUCUUGUCGCCGCUGCUGCCGCUGAAGAAGGUGAUGAAGAGAGUGACAGCGACGAGGAUGAAGAGGGUGAUGAGGGUGACGUCCAGCGCAGCAGCAGUACGAGUGCGUACAACACAAGCAGUGGUGGCGGUUACGAUUCCGGUUCCGAGCACGAGCACGAGCGGCAGGGAGGGGACGGGUUCGGGUACUACCACCGCGACGGCAGGCGGCGGCGGCGAGGCGGAGAAGGAGGCG